AGAGGGCCGUAUAACAGCUCGAGGAGCAGCUCCAGCGGACUUUUCGGCACACGGCAGUGUCCAACAGACCUACAAGCGCUCGCCACUGCACUGACGCGCCGCCGCGAGGGUUAGCGACGGCGAUUGAGCUCCUUUGUGUCGCUGGACAAGCCAGCCCGCAAAGCGAGCGAGACGCGGCAGCCGCGCACCCAAGAAGUUAUUGGAUCGCUGGCCAGCGCCGCCGCGCCGCCCUGCACCGCUGGGAGACGUGCAAAGAGAGACACUCGCCGCCGCGCACCGAACUCACCCACGACAAAACGCAGGCACCAUGGCCGAGACCGCGAGCGAGAUCAAGCUCUUCGGCAAGUGGACCUACGACGAUGUGGAGGUGAACGACAUUUCCUUGGAGGACUACAUCGCCGUGAAGGGCAAGCACAGCGUCUACCUGCCGCACACGGCCGGCCGCUACCAGAAGAAGCGCUUCCGCAAGGCCCUGUGCCCCAUCACGGAGCGGCUGGCGUGCGCCCUCAUGCGCAAGGGCCGCAACAACGGCAAGAAGCUGAAGGCAGUUCGGGUCGUGCAGUCGACCUUAGAUAUUGUGCACCUCCUCACGGACCAGAACCCGAUGCAGGUGCUCGUCCAGGCUAUUAUUCAGGCCGGGCCCCGCGAGGACUCGACGCGAGUUGGUUCGGCGGGCGUCGUGCGGCGGCAGGCGGUCGACAUGUCGCCGUUCCGGAGGGUGAACAUGGCCCUGUACCUACUCUGCACGGGCGCGCGCGAGGCGGCCUUCCGCAACGUGAAGACCAUCGCCGAGUGCCUCGCCGACGAGAUCAUCAACGCGGCGCGCGGCUCGUCGAACAGCUACGCGAUCAAGAAGAAGGACGAGAUCGAGCGCGUCGCCAAGGCGAACCGAUAG